AAUACAAAAGAGCUGUAAACAACAUAACACAUACACAAACAACUAUGAAAAGAAAGAAUCGUGUCAAUCAAAAUACGGCGUUGUCAAACUAAUCCCUUUAUUAAAAUCUGUCAACAUCGCAAACUAAUACCUAUCAUCCUAUAAUAAUCAACAGUCCCUAUGAACGAUUCUCCACAAGAAUAAGCCACGGUUUGAUCUUUGUAGAGCCCUCGAAAGAAAGAGCUUCGUCCUUUUUAUCUUCUCCGACCAUGGCCAACGAGAUUGACCCGUUACUCCAAUACCUUCUCAGCCCAAGAACCAACCCACCACAACCGCCUCUCUUUCCCUUACCCGAAAACGACGACGUAACGGUCCCGAUAACUCCCAUGACACCAACUGAGUUCAAAAACCGUUUAAUCUUCGGCCCGUUCCCUCGCUCCCAACGCGACUCCUCUCUCCUCAUCGACGCCAUUUCUCAAAACCUCUCGCCACCGUCCUCCUCCCCCGACACCUCCACCGUCGACAUCCUCCUCCCGCCUCCGGAACACAACUUACCCCCUAAAAAAACCAAACCGACCUUCCACCGCUCUAAAACAGCUCCCGCCAUGGUCGCCAUCAACGACCUGACACACCCGUUCGAUCUCAAAACGGAGAGAGCAGACUCCAAGUCCGUCGUGAGACAAGCCGUUGCUCUCCUCGUCGUCUACCUCUCCUUAGGCGUGCUUAUCUACUGGCUGAACCGGGACAGCUACUCGGUGGUCCACACUCACCCCGUCGUCGACGGUUUAUACUUUUGCAUCGUCACUAUGUGCACGAUCGGCUACGGCGACAUAACUCCAGAUACGGUCCUGACAAAGGUGUUCUCUAUCUUGUUCGUCCUCGUCGGGUUUGGUUUCGUGGAUAUAUUACUAAGCGCGAUGGUUAGUUACGUUCUUGAUCUUCAAGAAAACUAUAUGCUAGAAGCCGCGAAGAACGAUAGCUUCGAUGAGCCGGAGAGGAAGAGGUCUUAUAUAAUCGAUGUGAAGAAAGGGAGGAUGAGGAUUAGGUUGAAGGUUGGGUUGGCUUUGGGUGUUGUGAUGUUGUGUCUUGGGUUUGGGGUUUUGAUUAUGCAUUUUGUGGAGAGGAUUGAUUGGUUGGAUUCGUUUUAUUUCUCGGUUAUGUCGGUUACUACGGUUGGGUAUGGAGACAGGGCGUUUAAGACUUUGCCCGGUAGGCUUCUCGCUGCGGUUUGGUUGCUUGUGUCUACUUUGGCUGUUGCGAGGGCGUUUUUGUAUUUGGCUGAGGCGAGGGUUGAUAAGAGGAAUAGGGAGAGGGCUAAGAGAGUUCUUGGUGAGAACAUGUCAAUCUCUCAGUUCUUUGCUGCGGAUAUUGAUCACAAUGGCUGCGUUAGUAAAGCAGAGUUUGUGAUAUACAAACUAAAGAAGAUGGAGAAGAUAACCGAUAAGGACAUUGAUCCGAUCGGGAACCAGUUUGACAGGCUUGACAAAACCAAUAGUGGAAGGAUUACUCUUUUAGACUUACUGGAAACCAGCACCAACGAGUUACCCACUGCAACUUCGGUUUAGGAUCCCACACGACUGAAGAUAACCAAUAAAAUUUUGGUUUACUUGAGCCGGUUUAAGGUCUAGUUUGUCUCCUUCUCACCUAAGAUGAUGAAGAGAAAGAAGUUUGAUGUUUGGUUUCCUUUGACCUGUUUGAUGUCAUACCAAAUGGGUACAUUGCCAAUGGCUUGCGUCGGUUUGAUAUAUAGGUUCAACGGGUUUAUAUUAUGCAUAUAUUGUUGAUAAUACUUCGGUUUGAUUGAAGUCAGUUGUUACCGUUUGAAGUAAAGCAACUUGUGUUCCCAAAUAUGAGACUGUAAAUGUUAAUGUAUAAUACAGUAUGGUAUUUGACUA